CAGCCAGCCAGCCGCCAUCAGUGAGCUUCCCAAUCCCAGCGACCAAAACGUACCGGCGAUCAACAGCGCGACAGUCGACAGAUCUUCCGAGCUAAUCCCCGUACGCGAAUGGACUUGGGCGGAGGUGCGAUUGAGCUGCCCCCCGGCUUCCGGUUCCACCCCACCGACGACGAGCUUGUCAACUACUACCUGUGCCGCAAGUGCGCCGGCCUGCCCAUCGCCGCGCCGGUCAUCACCGAGGUCGACCUCUACAAGUUCGAGCCCUGGAAGCUGCCGGAGAAGGCGGCCGGCGGGGGCCAGGACUCCAAGGAGUGGUACUUCUUCUCGCCCCGCGACCGCAAGUACCCCAACGGGUCCCGCCCCAACCGCGCCGCCGGGACCGGGUACUGGAAGGCCACCGGCGCCGAUAAGCCUGUCGGAUCCCCGCGCGCCGUGGCGAUUAAGAAGGCGCUUGUGUUCUACGCCGGCAAGCCCCCCAAGGGUGUGAAGACCAACUGGAUCAUGCACGAGUACCGCCUCGCCGAUGUCGACCGAUCCGCCGCCGCCAGGAAGAAGACCAACAACGCUCUCAGGCUGGACGACUGGGUGCUCUGCCGAAUCUACAACAAGAAGGGCGUCAUCGAGCGGUACGACACCGUCAACGACGAGCCCAAGCCGGCCGCCGCGCCGCCGUCCGCCAAGAACCCGCGGGCCGCGCACUACCCCGUGGUGCCGGCCAUGAAGAUCGAGCUCUCCGACUACGGCUUCUACCAGCACCCCUCGCCGCCGGCCACGGAGAUGCUCUGCUUCGACCGGUCCGGGUCGGCGGACCGGGACUCCGACCCCCACUCGCUGCCGCUGCUCCACACCGACUCCAGCUCCUCCGACCGCGCGCAGCACUCGCCAUCGCCCGACUUCCCCAGCGACAUGGACUACGCCGAGAGCCCGCACCCCGCAGCCGCCUGUGGCGCCGGCGGAGGCUGGCCGGGCGACGAUUGGGGCUGCGCGGACGACGGCUUCGUCAUCGACGAGUCCCUCAUCUUCGACCAGCUCUCGCCAGCCGGUUUCGGCUUCGACCGCGACGCGGGAGCGUUCGGGGACAUGCUCGCCUUCCUUCAGUAACCAUUCUGAACCAAGGCAGCACCAUUCUGAACGAAGGCAGCACCAUCCGCAGAAGAGAAACAGCCGCAGCGAUUCCUCCUACUCCUAGCCCACUAACAUGUUCGUCAGGUCUCGUGUAAUUCGGCUCAGCGAAACUGACCGAUUACCAGUCUAGUAGGUGACUAAUUAGCCGUGCAAGCUUCCCCAAAACCCAUGGCGGAUCAGAGAAACUUAGUGAGGAUUUAACCCCGCACACGGAUCUCGCUCGACAGGCUCCGGUGCACAGUUUUCCCCACCGUACAUACCAGGUGUUACUGUUAACCCUGUCAGGUUUUGAACUGGCAUUUGGUAGCUUUGGUACAAGCAUCAUUCAUUUGUACCAGGCCCCCCUGCCCCUGCUCUUCCCCUUGGACAUAGCAAAGCAUGCAUGGUAGGUGAUGUUUCGUCGUCAAUUAGGUGUUAGCUAGCCGUCGUGUAAUGUAGCCGGUCAACUUUUGUUGUGUUACUACUUAGCUGAGAUGCCUAUCUGGCAGAUUCAAAAUUAGAGGUCAAACAAAAAAAUAGAGGGGACAAGUUUUGAUUCGAGGGGCUAUGGAUUGUGUUGUGUAGCUUAGAGUAGAAUUGGUUCGGGUUCCUUUUCUUUUUCUUCAGAGGACUUGGUUCAGUCUUACAGGUUUAGGGUUUUCAGGUGUCAUGUAAUUGCAGAAGAGGGUGUGAUUGUGUUGCUUUCAGAGUGGUCUCUAGCGUGACCUGGAAAGCCAAUUUUGUAAUGCAAUUAUCGUAAUUAUUAUAUUAAAAGGUCGUGUCAAUUA